GCCGACCCGAACUACUCGCGCAAGAAGGCGGAGCAGAGCCACAAGCGCUCCCUGGAGCAGGCCACGGGCGACGGGGGGGUCGGCGAGGGCGAGAAGCCGGGCGCGGUGCCCAAGGGCAAGGACUACCUCCUGGACACCGUAGAGACCGUGGAGAUGAAGGCGGCGAAGAAGAGAAAGGGCAACCCCGAUGCCUUUGGCUGGGACGUCUUCAACCAGGACUCGCUGUACAGGGCGCACGACAAGCGCCUCAAGCACAUGGAGUUCGACGAGAAGGCCUACGAGGAGCAGCAGGAGAAAGUGGACACUUCGAUCUUUGCCGGCAACGGCCACGGCCACGUGCCCUCAGAGGCCACCUGA